AUGAACCUAAUGAGGAAGAUGUCAUUUCCAGUGCAGAGGGAUCAAAAUCCUUUAGAGCAAGAUGAUAUCAAUGCUUCAGAAGUAUCAUCGGCAGAUACUUUACGAGGAGUUCUGGUAAGUGAUCAUCAAAGGAUUGACAAAAAAGAACCACAUACUAGUAUAAAAUUGUCGGAGGCUAAUGUAGUACCACUGGAGCCACCAAUUCAAAUAACGCCUCCGAAACGUCCUGAGAUACUCUGCGAAUUUCCUGAAGAAAAAGAAACGCCGACGAAGGUUUUGGCUAAAGUACACACCCUGUACCGAAGCUACCUUCAAUGA